AUGACUGCCUUCAGCAGUCGAAACGAAGGGAGUCAAUCAGGGAAACGUGGAUCCCAAGGUGGAAAUCCAAAAACUCAGACGAGUGAGAAGUUAGGACAGAGAAAGGGAAUUAUAAUGCGGUUUGGUAUUGGACCACCAGGUUUCAUUUUUUGUCCUCAGUCAAACUCCAGGUGGCGUUGGAUCGUGCCAUUGAUGCGGAAGAAUGAUAAGCAUAAGGAUUUUUUGCGACUGAACCAUAUAGAAGGAUAUCACGAAUUGUCAUCAAAAACCCAAAUCUAUUUUGCGGCAGCUGUUGCUAAGUGGGAUGCUGACUUCUAUAUUAAAGUUGAUGAUGAUGUGCACAUAAAUCUUGGAAUGGUUGGUUCUACUUUGGCCCGGCUAGAUCAAAACCUCAAUGUGAGUGGAAAGCUCAAGCAGAAAACCCUUGUGCUGCAUCAUUUGACUGGAGCUGCAGGGCAUAUGCAAAUCAGUGGAGAGAAUGGAGGAGGUGCACCAGCGAUGUGGGGAGGGUGA